UUGAUCUCGAAAAGUCCCAGUCCUGCCAACCAUAAAGUGCCAUCGCAGUCCACACUAAUUACUCUCUUACCAUUGAGCAUGUCAUCUUCUUCUCCUUCCAUUCAACUAUGAAUAAACCCAAGAAGCUCGAAACCUUCGAGUACGACCUUUGACUUGCAGGUAAAGCCUUUCUCCUUUUAUAUCCAAUAUUUUCUCCCUCUUCUUCUAAUUCGAUUUCUUAAAAACAAAAAAAUAUAUCGUACAGCUAUAUCACUACCCUAUCCGGGUUGGCUGCAUACAUCAGAAGCUCAUCUGGGUCGUGUUCCGGCGACGAAAAAGUCAAAUUUUCUCUUUGUUUGCACAGAGAGUUUGGUAUUCAGUUCUAGAGUUCAUCGGUCAACUGUGGAAUUGAAUCCUGAGUUUUUUCCCUUUUUGUUUCCACUUUGGUGGUUGUUUCUUGCUCUUACCCAAUGUAUUGUAGAAUUUGCGGUGAAUUGAGUAUCUUUGACUGAGGCUUCGCUGUAGUCAAGCAUAAUUUUCUUGGUGUUCAAGACAUUCUUAUUUCUUAACAUCUUUAAUGUCAACUCAUGCAAUUUUAUUCGAGUUUCCUGGAUUCUUCAAAUUGCGCAUUUUCGGCAAUCCCUUUGUGGUGUGAAUCUGUUUUUUUCCCCCUGUUUAGUCUUCUUCUUAUCACAUGGGUUGAGGCAUCAACUGUCCUUUUCUGUUCCUGGUCAUCGAGCAAAAUUAUCUGGUUUGGGAUUGCCAGAACCCAUCCACUGAGUUGACUUCUCACUUCGUGCCCAAUUUCCUUUCUCAAGAUAUAUGGCAUGGGGAAGUAUAUUAUUUGCAUUCUGUAGGAGAUGAACAAUUUUGUAUUAUUGGAAUAACCUUUUUAUUCUUUUCAAUAUCUGUACAAGAAGUUUCCCGUUUAUGUAAAAGCAAUGUCGAUUCUGUGUGGCUUGCCUCUUGUUGAGUGUGUGUAUUGCCUGGCAUGUGCUCGCUGGGCUUGGAAAAGGUGUCUUCAUACUGCAGGCCAUGACAGUGAGACCUGGGGCAUUGCUACAGCAGAAGAAUUUGAGCCUGUUCCUCGCCUUUGUCGCUAUAUUCUAGCUGUCUAUGAAGAUGAUAUUCGGCAUCCUCUUUGGGAACCUCCUGGCGGCUAUGGAAUUAAUCCUGAUUGGUUAAUACUCAAGAAGACACAUGAAGAUACACUAGGGCGGGCCCCUCCCUAUUUUUUGUAUCUUGAUCAUGAUCAUGCUGAUAUAGUUCUUGCUAUCAGGGGGUUAAAUUUGGCAAAGGAGAGUGACUAUGCAGUUUUAUUGGAUAACAGACUGGGGAAGAAGAAAUUUGAUGGGGGUUAUGUUCACAAUGGUCUGCUGAAGGCAGCUGGAUGGGUUUUGGAUGCUGAAUGUGAAAUUUUGAGGGAGUUGGUAGAGAAACAUCCAAAUUACACUCUGACUUUUGCUGGUCAUUCCCUAGGAUCAGGAGUAGCAUCAAUGUUGACGAUAUUGGUGGUGCAGAAUCGUGAUAGAGUUGGAAAUAUUGAGAGGAGGAAGGUCAGGUGCUUUGCUAUUGCACCUGCUAGGUGUAUGUCACUAAACCUGGCAGUCAGAUAUGCAGAUGUUAUCAACUCCGUUGUUCUUCAGGAUGACUUCUUACCAAGAACAGCUACUCCACUGGAAGAUAUAUUCAAGUCUCUCUUCUGUUUGCCGUGUCUGUUGUGCUUGAGAUGCAUGAGGGAUACAUGUAUACCUGAGGAGAGGAUGUUGAAAGAUCCUAGGAGACUCUAUGCACCAGGUCGCCUCUAUCACAUUGUCGAGAGAAAGCCAUUCAGACCUGGAAGAUUCCCCCCAGUUGUCAGAACAGCAGUGCCAGUAGAUGGUAGGUUUGAGCAUGUUGUCCUCUCUUGCAAUGCCACGGCUGAUCAUGCCAUCCUUUGGAUAGAGAGAGAGGCCCAAAGGGCUUUUCAUUUGAUGCAGGAGAAAGAUCAAACCAUGGAGAUCCCUGCAAAGCAAAUAAUGGAGAGGCAGGAGACACUAACUAGACACAGUGAGGAAUACAAGGCAGCAUUGCAGAGGGCCAAAACACUAGAUGUGCCUCAUGCUGACACACUGCCAUCACAGUAUGGCACUUUCGGUGAAGAAGAAGGAGAGAGCUUGCUGGAAUCACAGGCUGAGUCAUCUUCCAGUUCAACGAACAAAAGCAAGUUAGAAACCUGGGAGGAAUUGAUUGAGCGUUUAUUUGAUAAGGAUGAGCAUGGCCACAUGGUGCUGAAGAAAUAAAAAAGUUUUGAUGAUUGAUUAUGUAAUUUAUGAAGCCAUAAGAAUAUGAUCAAUGCCCCCAGAAAACAAUAUUCAUUCGUUCAUUCUUGAUUGUUUAGUUGGCUUAUGAAUAGAUAACAUUUUGAAGAGAAACUUUUUGAAUUUGAUUCUGAAACUUGACAGCAUUGGAGUUCUUGCUGUGUUUA